CCCCCGCCCAACGCCCUCGAGCGGCCGGGAGACCACAGCUGCCUCACUCGGCGGCUCUCCGGUAGUGCCUUUGAAAGGCGGCGGGAGGCGGCGAGCGCAAUGGCGAGACUGGAUCGCCUGCUGAGCGUGUUGGGUCUGGUUCUGUGCGGGGCGGCGGGCCUCGGUCUGAGCGCCCCUCCCGCGCCCACCCCCAAGAAGCCCAUCAUCGGAAUAUUAAUGCAAAGGUGCCAUAAUAAGAACAUGAAAGCCCUGGGAAAAUACUACAUUGCUGCAUCCUACGUGAAGUUUCUAGAGUCAGCUGGUGCGAGAGUGGUACCAGUAAGGCUUGAUCUUGAACAUGAACAGUAUGAAAAGCUUUUCAAAUCUAUUAAUGGAGUCCUUUUUCCUGGAGGAAGCGUUAACCUUAUGAGAUCAGGUUACGCUCGCGUGGCCAAAAUGUUUUACAAUUUGUCCAUAAAGAGUUUUGGCGAAGGAGACUAUUUUCCUGUGUGGGGCACCUGCCUUGGAUUUGAAGAGCUUAUUUAUCUGGUCAGUGGAGAGAGCUUAUUAACUCCUACAGUUACUGUUGGAAUUAAACUGCCGCUGAACUUCUCUAGAGGUGCAUUGCAGAGCAGAAUGUUCCAGAAUUUUCCUGCUGACUUGCUGCUGUCAUUAGCAGUAGAACCUCUGACCGCACAUUUCCACAAGUGGAGCCUCUCCGUGAUGAAUUUUACGAAGAAUGAAAAGUUAAAGGCAUUUUUCAAUAUAUUAACUACAAAUACAGAUGGCAAUAUUGACUUUAUUUCAACCAUGGAAGGAUACCGGUAUCCAAUAUAUGGCGUCCAGUGGCAUCCAGAGAAAGCUCCUUAUGAGUGGGGGCAAUUAAAAGGCAUUUCCCAUGCACCUAAUGCUGUGAAGGCUGCGUUUUAUUUAGCAGAGUUCUUUGUGGCUGAAGCUCGGAAAAGCAAUCACCAUUUUGAAUCUGAUGUUGAAGAGAGCAAAGCGCUAAUUUAUCAGUACCGUCCAAUUUACACUGGAAACGUUUCUUCGUUCCAGCAAAGUUACAUAUUUGAUUGAAAGGCUUCGCUGUGUUAACAGGAAUUCUGAUUAACUCCCUGAGUAAACUGUUAUAAUAAUGAAAAACGUGCUACUCAUGGCAGUAAUAGGUCACAGAGAUGCCUUUUCUGUGAUGUUACUGACUCUGAUUCUUCAUUCAGUAUUUUUGUGUAUCACAUUUGAUAAUCAGUGAGACAGAUAAAUAAUCAUAGCGUGUUUCAUGGAAAAGCUUUGUUUUAUUUAAAGAUUAGGAAAUAAAUUUAUUGAAAAUA